UUUUUUAAAAACGUCAACUGUCAAAGAAGUAAAUUGUUCAAAGUUGAUUAAAGUGUUUAAAUAUUAGGAUAUAUGGAUGAUAACCCAGGAAUAAGUUUAUUUCAAGGGAACGGAUUGAAUAUAGAUAGCGCCCUUCAAAAUCAAGAGGAAGAUGAAGAUCUUGAAGAUCAAAAACGGCGUCAAGAAGAGAUUCAAAAUUUUCUAACAAAAGCGAUGGACGAAUUCAAUUAUGAUGAUCAAAGCACAAUACAUUCAUCAACAAAUGUUUCUGUUGAUAAUGGUUAUCAUCCGGUUGAAAAUCAGGAAGAAAAUGUCCUUUUUAAUAAAUAUACUAGAAAUACGAAUCUUGAUGAUCAAUUAAAAGUUUUGUAUGAAAUUAGAGUAAAAGAAGUGAAAGAGUUAAUGGAAAAGGUUGGAAAAUUGGAGAUGGAUAUAGAAAAACAAAAAGAUAUCCAUUCGAAAAAAUGUAUUUUGCUUGAAGCUGAUAAAAAUAAAGCUAAAAUUUCAUUGGAACAAUCUCAAAAACUUUUACUUAGUAAAAGUGAAGAAAUUGAUUGUUUAGGUCAUGAAGUUGUUAAUUUACAAAGUCAAGUUGCACAAUUAGAGAAACAAAUUGAUGUUAUUACAGAGGAAUAUUCGCUUUGUAAACAAACAAAUAAAGAACUUAUGGAUCAAUUAGAAAUUAUGCACAGUGGUUUAACAUCAAAUACAAUAUCUGAUCGUGUUUUAAAAGAACAACAUCAUGCUGAAGUGUCUCAAAUGCAUCAUUUAUUAGAUGUUGCUAAUACAAAAUUAUAUCGGAAGGAAAAAGAAUGUCAAGAUUAUGUGGAGAAAUUAAAUGCAAUUGUGAAAGAAAAAGACCAAAUUGUUGUUGAGAAAACAACAAUCAUUAAUAAGCUAGCAGAGAAUUUAGAAAGUGCUCAACAACAAUGUCAUGAUUUGUUGGAAGUUAUUAAUAAAGUAUCCCAAGAGAAUAAAACUUUAAAAUUAUCUUCAAGUGAACUACAAGAUUCAGCUCGAGUUAUGAAUUUAACUGAAAAAAUGGAGUACAUAAACGCGUUACAAAAAGAAUUAGCUAAAGCUCAAGAUAAACAUCGACAACAUCAAGAUCAUAUUGAAUUGAUAGAGAGGACUUGCAAUGAUUUAAAACAAAAAUUAAAGCAUUCCAAUGAGGAAAAAGAAAAAAAUAAGAUUGAAGUGGAAACUUGGAAAUCGAAUUAUUCAAGCUUAGAAGAAAAUUUUCGUAAAGCUGAUGAAGAAAUUUGCUCAAUUCAAAAACAAAUUCAAGGAUACAGGGGUAAAUUAGAAGAUCAACAACGUUACUAUGAAGAUAAAAUCAUUGAGUUAGAAGCAACUUUAGCUCAGUACGAAAUUAAAUUAACUCAAGAUACUUCUGCUCAAGUUUCAUUUAAUUUUGGUCAAUCUUCAAAAUACGAAAAUGAUGAAAAACAAAAAUUACGAAACGAUCUUUUAAUUGCGAAUGAAGAAAUUGCCCAAUUACACUUAAAAUUAACAUCUGCUGAAAAUGAAAUUUCGAAACUCCAAAUUUCUUCAAAAUUAGAGAGGGAAAGGGAAUCUUUAAUUCGAAAUUUGCAAGAAAAAGCAGCUCAAUUUGAAAAAGUUAUUAAAGAAAAGCAAUUAAAUCCUGAUCGAUUUUCGAUUGGAAUAAACACUGAGGAUUUAAAUAAUGAAAUUGAUGAAAUUAAAAAACAAUAUGAAUCGGAUUUUGUUAAACGCGAAUUAGAAAUAAGAGUUAAUCUUAAAAAUGAUUAUGAUCGGCGUUUAGAACAAAUCGAACAUGAUUUGGCUGAGAAAUUACUUCAAACAAAUAAUGUCGAGAUUAAGAAAUGUACAAAUUGCGAGGAAUUAUUACACAAAUUAAGAAAAUUGGAGGUGGUUAGUUAUAAUAAGGACGAAAAUAUUUUGGGGUUAAAAUCACAAAUGAAACAAGAUAGAAAUGCUGUUGCUGGGUUAUUGGAGACUUGGAGGGAUAAAUUUAUGGAUAUGGAGAUUGAAAAGAAACAACUUUUAACAGAAAAUUUACAAAUAAUGGGUCAUUGCAAUGAGUUAGAGAAUAAACUUAAAAGUUAUGAUGUUGGAACUUCCAAACUUUAUCACCUUAUUAAAAAAGAAUGCGAAGAAACGAUAAAACUUUGGAAUAAAAAUAUGAUUGAAAAUUUACAAAAAUAUGUUAAACAACAAAAAGUAUGUUUGACAAAAAGUCGGACAAAAAUUGAUGAUAUUUCUGAACAAUUCGAUGAUGAGGUUGCUACAAUUGAAAUGAAUUUUUUAAGAAAACAACGUAAUUUAGGUAAUUUUAAAAGUACUAAACGUUAAAUUGUGUUUUAGUUAACUUUAAGGACGUAUUAAUGUAAAUAUGCAUUUAAAUGAUAAUAUAAAUCAGUAUUUUACUAA